AGCUGCACGAGUGAAAAUAGAUAGAUACUGAGAAGGAGAAUCCAAGUUGCAGAGAGGGCAUGUGACAGCGGAGGAGAAAUAUUGAAGAAGAAGGAAAAGUAUACUUUUAGGUUGGCAGACGUCCAGGUACUUAUCAUCCCCCGUUGGUAAGGCCUUUUCGUAGGUAAAACAAGCCCUGGAGAAAAACCUGUUGCUAUAACGUUCGAGAACUCCAAAUACUUUCGUUCUGAUGUCAAGCUUUUUCUAAGCAGAAUCGACGCAGCUUUUCAAUCAAAAAGCCCUAAGAUCAUCGGAAACAUUAUAUUUUUUCCAGCAGCUUAACUACGAAGCUAUUGCAAUCCCUACUCAGUAGUUUUUACGGACGACUUGAUAUCGCUGCAGUUUCUUUGUAUGAUCUCAGAGCACUUGAGUGGAAACACCAGCUCUGCCUAUGAGAGACCCUACAGGUACCAAAAAGAUUUUUACGAUCUUGCAAAUAUUUACUACUGUCUAAGUGGAAAAUUAUGAUAAGUGAUAAACACUAAACAAAAAAAGGAGGAGCUAUUCAUUGAAAGAAGCAGAGAUUUGCAACUGCUGCUUCAAAAAUGAUUAUCUUUGUGGUCGCAUUGGGGUGUCUUCUAAAAACCGGAGUAGCGCAAUUCAGACCUCUAAGUCACUGCGAACUGCAGCGUCAAGGACCAUCGCCAGAAUGGGCCAAGCCAAAAUGUAAUCCAGAUGGCACAUACAAAGUAUACCAAUGUGAUGCAUACACAAGAACCACAUGCUGGUGUGUGUAUGAAAAUGGACAAAUGAUUCCAGGGACAACAAGAAAAGUUCAUGAUCCUGAACAAGAGAAACGAGACCUGGCUAACUGUGAAAAAGCAAGAAAAAAUGCACCUCCCGCACCCCCACCUGCCCCUGCUCCAAGUGCAACCCUUGAUCCGCGGUUAGGAUAUCAUUUGGCAACUGCGAGAAUUCCAGAAAUUCAAGAUGAACAAAUUCCUUCUGACGCCGUUCACGUAAUGAUGGCACCUCAAGAAGUCACAUUACCAAAUUUUCAACCUGCAGCCCAGAGCUGUCCACAGUACUGCACAUAUAACUGUCCUCCUGGAUGUCCAAUGGCUAUGCCACUACAAAUGCCUGCGCCACAAAUGCCUAUCCCACAAAUGAUGCCUAUGCCACAAAUGAUGCCUAUGCCACAAAUGAUGCCUAUGCCACAAAUGAUGCCUAUGCCACAAAUGAUGCCUUGCUCACAACCAUGCCGAGGGACCACAUGCCCACCAGGCUGCCAGCAAGUUCCCCCACAAAUGCCAGCCUUGCAAAGACCCACGAUGCCGAUGCCUAUGCCUACUAUGCCGGCUCAGCCACCACAAAUGCCAUGCCCAAUGCUUUGCAUGAACAAAUGCCCACCUGGUUGUCAGCCAUUGACACAGCAACAGCCAGUGCCUCAAAUGACGAUGAUGCAGCCAGCUCAAAUGAUGGCAGCACCUGCGAUGCAACCUCAAAUGAUGCAACCAAUGGCUGCCCCACAAGGCUGUCCCAACCCGUGCGUGAAUCAGUGUCCACCUGGCUGCCCCCAUACAUUCAUGGACCCAAGCACCGGGCUUCUACAACAAGGAUAUCAAAACAACCCUAUGCAACAACAACAGUUUUUUCCUCAGCAACAACAGCAGCUCCAGCAGCCUUUAUUGACGCAACAAAAGACACGACAGGGAAAACUUCAAGUGAAAUCAAGACCAAAGCAAUAUGCUUCGAAAUAUUAUUCAAGGACGAAAAAUGCAAGAAAAAAUUAUAAUAAAGCACAGAAUAGCAGAACAAUUAUGGACCAAUCACGGUAUAGAACACAAACCAAAAGAAUUUCGCCACAAAAAUGGCAGAACAUGUUUAUAAGAAGAGGGCAGAGAAAUCAAAGAAACUUUUGGAAGAACUGGUAGAGUAAAAACAAAUCCAAGGUCACAUACGGAUCAGUAUUAAAACUUCAAAUACCAACAUUUUAUGUGCUUAAGUUGUUUGAUAAAGUAAAUAUCGUUAUCUAUAGCAAAUCAAAUCACCAUUAAGACUACUCGAAUAACUAAUGUCGUAUAACGUAUCUUUAGGUGAGGAAAAUACUCUGAAAUACCAGUAAGUUACCGCAAGGCACUAAUAACAUUGUAAUCGUUGAUGGGAAAACUUUAUGUUCUAUUGUAUUCCUUACUAUAAUAUAUUAUUUUUACUCAAUAUAAUCACCGUUGAUAAAUGUAAUGAUCUUAUAGAUUCUUGUGUAAAAUAAAGUGAUGAUUAAUCAUGUCAAAGACAUAUGUUCUAAAAAGUAUGUUUUUAUCUUUCUUUUCAAUUUUAGUUUAAUUUACAUGAUGUACUGUGUAUAUCUUAAUGUUUAAUAAAGUAUAAUUAUUAAAUAUAAACGUUUCUUGUUUAGA